AUUCUUUUCUUUGGUAAGCAUUACAGUGGGUUAUAUAAAGCAGGAGCUCUGUUUGCUGACGCACAACUGUGCUACGUUAAGCAUUUUAACAGAAAAAUAUAGCACACGCUGAACACGCUUGAAAAUCUUGAAUGUUAUGUGCUUUUUAGUUUGUUUCAGUGGAUGACAUUGAUAUGAGAAAUUCUUAUUAUAUAAUUGCAGCUUUUAUAUUAACUCUAAAGCUGAAAUUGCUAUCGAUUGCUGCUGACACUGUGGAAAAAAAAGGAUAAAGGAUCAAACCACAGACAACAGAAAACACUGAGUGCAGACACUUUUUGUCCCCGUGUCAUUCCACUUGGCCUCACCGUUCUCACUUCUUGUUUUUGUUGUUUUUUUGUUUCCAGUCCCAGACAAUGAAUAUUGUGGGCCAGUUGGCGGAGACGGUGUUCGUGACGGUGAAGGAGCUGUACCGUGGCCUUAACCCCGCCACCCUUACCGGAGGGAUCGAUGUCAUUGUUGUGCGUCAGCCUGAUGGAUCGUUCCAAUGUUCCCCCUUUCACGUCCGGUUCGGAAAGCUGGGUGUACUACGCUCCAAGGAGAAAAUCGUGGACAUUGAGAUAAACGGAGAAUCAGUUGACCUGCAUAUGAAGCUGGGUGACAAUGGAGAAGCUUUUUUUGUGGAGGAAAAUGAAAACACGGAGUCUCAGGUCCCAGCCCAUCUGUGCACCUCCCCAAUUCCUCUUGAGCUCCCCGAGGAGAUCGAGGAGACCACUGAGGGAUCCUUCACUUCUGGGUCAGGCAUCCGCAGGAAGAAACGCCGUCGCAAACGGAUCCGUUCUGAUACUCACCUGAGAGAAGAGGCCAGCUCUUCAUCGGAUGAGAGAGAAAGAGAGAAGGAGUGGGAAAGAGAAAUUGAUCCGGUGGGGCAGGAGAGUCCUGAUAAAGAGCAGCCUAGCACACCAUUGCAAGUCAGUAAAUCAGUGUACUACUCGAUGUCUGAGGAGCCAAAUGAGGAACUGGGGGCCACACAGACCAGAGACACUCAUCCACACUCGGAUGGAGAGCAGUCACCCUCAGAAAGCAGUGUGUUCCUCAGCCGGUCGUCCUCUCCUAAGAGCGACUCUGAGCUUCUGGUUAAAACACAAGAGUCCUCUGGGCCUCAGAUGCAGUGGAACUGGGGAGGUUUUCCCAUGCUGUGUCAAUCGGAGAGGAUGCCAGUGGACUUGCAGCGCAUCUCCCCUUCCGGCAGUUCUCAUUUCCGCACCAUUGAGAGACAGGACUCCUUUGACAUGGGCUACGAGCCUGUGAUCAGCUGUGGCAGAGUGGGCAGUGUAACAGUGGUUAGGCCACAACCCAGGACUCGCUCCCUAGACCUAGGUAGCCACACUAUGCAAACCACCCCUUUAUCCAAGGAGCAAGACUCUCACAUUGCCCAUUCCACCCCCAAUGACCUGUCCAAGAGUAACGUGGACUCGACACAGGCACUUGAAUCCACAUUAGGGGAAGAGGAGAACAGAGAUUUGUCUUCUUCUUCAGCUAAACUAAUUAAUGGCACAGAAUCUCUUGGUAGCAAAGAAAGCGCAACCAGUGUUAAAAAUAUUUGCACUGUGACUGACAUAACUAUCCCCGGGAGCCAUAAUAGCACAGUCAGUGUGACCGAACCGAACAACGCACAAAAACAACUCAUCAAAGAGAGCGAAGACUGCUCAGUCACAGCAACAAGUCCAAGUAGUACGGAGUUAUCAAGUCCACAACAGCCGGGUGCCUUAUUGGAGCAAAGUGAACAGGGUUCCACCAGUAGUGCCCCUGUGAGCGAGGGGGACAGUGGGAUAGAUCCCUGUGCUGAGGGAGGGGAGCAGGAGGGAGGACCAGGAGGGGCUGAAGGGUCAGCAGGAGGCUCACUGAACAACAAAGCUGCACCCAAAGCUGAAGGGACAGAUGCUGGGAGCAGCUGGACUGCUGCAGAGGGAUUAGCAAACUCUUCCGAGGCAUCCUCUAAAGUGGAGCAACAGGACAAGAAGAAAGGUAAACGUAAUCAACAUCUAGGACCAACAGGUAUUUACUUGGAUGAUCUGACUACAUUGGACCCUGAGGUGGCUGCACUGUACUUCCCCAAGAGUGAGACAGAGGGAGCGUCUCAGCAAGGGGCGGAGCAGGGCUCCUGCUCAGGGAGCCAGUCUCCUCAGUCAGUGGGCAGCGGGGCCAUGGACAGCGGUACGGAGUACCUGUCAGAUUCCACCUCCUACAACAUGGAUGUCAGCAUGUCCCUCUGCGGACAAGAGGGCGACACCAGCCAAAUUACUAAAGAAAAGUUUAUGGAGCACAUUGUGACGUACCAGGAUUUUGCCAACAAUCCAGGAAUAAUUGAGGAUCCAAGCCUUGUGAUCUGCAUCAACUCCAACUAUUAUAACUGGGCAGUGGCUGCUCCAAUGGUCUUGUCAAUGACAACUUUCCAAAAAAAUCUGCCCAAGAGUACAGUAGAGCGACUGGUCAAAGACAAGAUGCCCAAAAAGUCUGGACGCUGGUGGUUCUCCUGGAGGAGAAGAGACAUGGACAGUAACCAGCAAAAGAACUCAAAAGAUGAGCAAGAGGAGCCACUGGCUGGUGUUUCUUCCACAGUACAAGCCACAUUGGAUGACAUCGACAGCGAUGAGGCAGCGGGCCUCGGCCGAAAAGCCACCAUUGCUCCCAGCCUAUCAACAGAAACCCUUAACACCACGCAGUGCAUCAACCAGAUCUACCGCAAAUCACUACGCCUGACCUCUGAACAGAUUGAGUGCUUAAACCUGCGUGAAGGAGCCAACAAGGUGGUGUUCAGUGUGACCACACAAUACCAAGGCACCUGUCGCUGUGAGGCCGCUAUCUACCUGUGGAACUGGAACGACCGCGUCAUCAUUUCAGACAUAGACGGCACCAUCACUAAGUCUGAUGCUCUGGGUCAUAUUCUACCUCAGUUUGGAAAAGACUGGACACACAAAGGCAUUGCCAAACUCUACCACAAAAUACACCAAAAUGGUUACAAGUUCCUGUAUUGUUCAGCGCGGGCCAUAGGUAUGGCUGCCAUCACUAAGGACUACCUUCAGUGGGUCAAUGACAAAGGCACUGUCCUACCUAAAGGCCCUGUACUGCUGGCUCCCAGCAGCCUCUUUUCAGCACUACACAGAGAAGUUAUUGAGAAGAAGCCGGAGGUCUUUAAAAUCGCCUGUCUCAGUGACAUCAGGGACUUGUUCAACCCACAGAGAAGGCCCUUCUACGCUGCCUUCGGCAACAGGACUAACGAUGCGUAUGCCUACAAGCAGGUUGGUGUUCCUGAUACCAGGUUAUUUACUGUCAACCCUAAAGGAGAGCUCAUCCAAGAGAAGACUAAAGGCAACAAGUCCUCGUACAGCCACCUCAGUGGGUUGGUGGAACAUUUCUUCCCUGUGCUCUCUGUCGAGGGAAGCACCUCCUCUGCUUUGGACUGCCCUGAGUACAGCAGUUUUUCUUACUGGAAGGAACCUCUGCCAGAACUGGACCUGGAUGAACUAUUGUAGACACACAUACCCACAUUUACCAAAAGACACACACACUUUAAGGCAAAAACAUACAUAAGAACAUAUACUGUGGUUUCUUUUCUCCCUUUUCAAUGGAUUUAUCCCAGCAUGCCUCAAUAUUGCCUUUGAUAGACCUGCCAACUGUAGUGCCUAUUUAUAAGACAUUGAACAAGCUGGAAAAGAAAAAGGCAACUGUCCCGUCUUACAAAGACGGAGACAAAUGAAUGCAUGGACUCUACAUUUAAAAAAUAAGCUUAUAAAACGUUAUGCAGAACACAGUAUCAGUGCUUUUACACUGACUGUGGCUGUUUGCACAUGUUGAAAUCCCGACACAACUGAGCAGAUAUGCCUUUGGACUGUUUCAGUUUUUUGUUAGUGUGUACCAGUAUCAUAGUCAUUCCAAAAUAUGAAUUUAAACAGUGUAUCAGUAUGAUAACUCUUAACACUGUCACACAUGUCAGCUCUAAACACUUACCAAAAACACAUUUGGAUAGAAAUUGAGCUGUAUUAGCUUAAACCCUGCACAUGCCAAAACUGUAACUACAAUGACCUGUUUUCUGAGUGAUCUGGAAAUG